CCGCGUGGCUGCCCGCCCAGCCGCAGGCCGCAGGAGCCGACGCUGCAGCCGGCUGCGGGGCGGGAUUCACGGAGCCACCGUAGGGAGCAAAGCUCGUCUCUCCGCGUCUUUGCUUUCGCCCGCCCUGACCUCCUCCUCGCCGCGUCGGUCCGCUGGUGGGGUCCGGCUGACCAGCUCGCCCUCCGGCUCCGAACCGAGGCUCCAAGGCCGCCACAGGGACCCGCUUACCAGACCCAGCCAGGGGCCGCCCGUCUGCCUGUUUGGAUCCUGCCUUUGAUGACACCUGGCAAAAGGCUACCAUGGAGGGGGAUGGUUCAGACUCGCUGGUUACCAUUAAGAAUAUUGAAAGAGAGCUCAUUUGCCCGGCAUGCAAGGAGCUGUUUACCCACCCGUUGAUUCUCCCUUGUCAACAUAGUAUCUGUCAUAAAUGUGUAAAAGAACUCUUACUGAUGCUUGAUGAUUCAUUCAAUGACGUGGGAUCAGACAACUCCAAUCAGAGCAGUCCUCGACUUCGGCUUCCCUCCCCUAGCAUGGACAAAAUUGACAGAAUUAGCAGACCAGCAUCACAACGGAGAUCUUUGGGGUGGAGAGGUCAUAAGAAGAUAUUAAAUGGCUGGAAGCGCAAUUCAUUGACCCCUAGGACAACUACUUUUCCGUGUCCUGGCUGUGAGCAUGAUGUGGAUCUUGGAGAACGGGGAAUCAACGGUCUGUUUCGAAAUUUCACUUUGGAAACUAUUGUUGAAAGAUAUCGUCAGGCAGCCAGGGCAGCCACAGCCAUUAUGUGUGACCUUUGUAAACCACCACCUCAAGAAUCCACAAAAAGUUGCAUGGACUGUAGUGCAAGCUACUGCAAUGAAUGCUUCAAAAUUUAUCAUCCUUGGGGUACUGUAAAAGCGCAGCAUGAGUAUGUGGGCCCAACUACGAAUUUUAGACCCAAGAUUUUAAUGUGCCCAGAACAUGAAACGGAGAGAAUAAACAUGUACUGUGAAUUAUGUAAGAGGCCAGUUUGUCAUCUCUGUAAGUUGGGUGGUAAUCAUUCCAACCACCGUGUAACCACUAUGAGCAGUGCCUACAAAACCUUAAAGGAAAAGCUUUCAAAAGAUAUUGAUUACCUUAUUGGCAAGGAGAGCCAGGUGAAGAGUCAGAUUUCUGAACUGAACUUGUUAAUGAAAGAAACGGAGUGUAAUGGAGAGCGGGCUAAAGAAGACGCAAUUACACAUUUUGAAAAGCUCUUUGAAAUCCUAGAAGAAAGGAAAUCAUCUGUUUUGAAGGCAAUUGAUGCUUCUAAGAAACUAAGAUUAGACAAAUUUCAGACUCAAAUGGAAGAGUAUCAGGGGCUGCUAGAGAACAACGGACUCGUGGGAUACGCUCAAGAAGUGCUGAAGGAGACAGAUCAGUCUUGCUUUGUUCAGACCGCAAAACAGCUCCACCUCAGAAUACAGAAAGCUACAGAAUCUUUGAAGAGCUUUAGACCUGCGGCUCAGACUUCUUUUGAAGACUAUGUUGUUAAUACAUCUAAACAAACAGAACUUCUUGGAGAAUUGUCCUUUUUCUCUAGUGGCAUAGAUGUGCCAGAGAUCAAUGAGGAACAGAGCAAAGUUUAUAACAAUGCUUUGAUAAAUUGGCACCAUCCAGAAAAGGAUAAAGCUGAUAGCUAUGUCCUCGAAUACCGGAAGAUUAAUAGAGAUGAAGAAAUGUUGUCUUGGAAUGAGAUAGAAGUGUGUGGCACAAGUAAAGUCAUUUCCGAUCUUGAAAGUAAUUGUAACUAUGCUUUCAGAGUAAGAGCCUACAAGGGUUCAAUCUGCAGUCCUUGCAGCAGGGAAUUGAUUCUUCAUACUCCUCCAGCUCCAGUUUUCAGUUUCCUUUUUGAUGAAAAAUGCGGCUACAAUAAUGAACACCUCUUGCUGAACUUGAAGAGAGACCAUGUAGAGAGCAGAGCUGGAUUUAAUCUUCUGCUUGCUGCAGAGCGGAUCCAAGUGGGUUACUACACAAGCUUAGACUACAUCAUUGGAGAUGUUGGAAUCACAAAAGGGAAGCACUUUUGGGCCUUCCGUGUAGAACCAUAUUCAUACCUGGUAAAAGUGGGAGUUGCUUCCAGUGAUAAACUGCAAGAAUGGCUCCGGACUCCCCGGGAUACAGUUAGUCCAAGAUACGAGCAAGACAGUGGGCAUGACAGCGGAAGUGAGGAUACCUGUUUUGAUUCUUCACAACCCUUUACGUUAGUUACUAUAGGCAUGAAGAAAUUUUUUAUUCCCAAGUCACCUACUUCUUCUAAUGAACCUGAAAACCGAGUUCUCCCCAUGCCAACAAGUAUAGGGGUUUUCCUCGACUAUGAUAAAGGCAAAGUGGGUUUCUAUGAUAUGGAUCACAUGAAAUGCCUUUAUGAGCGCCAAGUGGACUGUUCGCAUACUAUGUACCCAGCAUUUGCAUUAAUGGGCAGUGGAGGAAUUCAGCUUGAAGAACCCAUCACAGCAAAAUAUCUAGAAUACCAAGAGACCAUGUAGUUUAAGCAUCUGAUGUGACUUAGGAUAAAAAAUGUGAGCAAAAUAAUGCCUUGGUGUUAACCUUUGUAACUCAUUACAUAUCAUCUAAGUAUCCUGUCGCCACACUUGUUUUUUGUGUAUGUUUCUUCUUAAAACCGAAAGCCUAAACAGCCUUCCUGCCUUUCACAAACACCGGGAAAAAGGUACUUUUUCAUAGUUAACACUGAAAUGGUUAGCUGGAUUAUCUUUUUAUGCACGGAAAAUCUAAUUUAUUUAUGUCAGCUUGUGUUGCUGUUACUUACAUUCCUGUUUCGGGGUUGGGGGAAGGGAUACAAAAGUAUUUAUUGUGCUUCUUUUGUGUUUGGUUUUUCAUUUUUAUAUCAUGUUUAUGUCCUAAGAGAAGAUAUUUUUUAAAUGCCUUCUGGAUAGAAAUUAGUACUAAGCAUUGUGUUGUGCAUUCAUUUUUAAUGGGAAAACAAAGGUAUAGAUAGGUAAAAAAAGGCCAUAGAAACGGUAGUAUAUUUAAGUGAAAAAUUAUGUAUUUAAUAUUCAGAAUAUAUUGCCUGGAAAAUGAAUACUACUGUUUUGUUUUUUGAAGACCACAAACUGUAUUCUUAAGGACAUUUUUAAGAGUUCUCUUAGCUGUAAUGCCCAUACUUGCAUGUGUAGGAACCAUGGUUUCUUGCAGGAAACACAAAAUUCUUGGCUAAUAUACGAAGCUUUUCACUUCAUAUGAUUUUUUGGGAAAUUUUUUUUCUUCAAUUUUUUUUUUAGUUCCUCUAUGAAAAUAUUUGAGCUUAUAUCAAAUAAUUAUUUUUCAUAAAUAUUAGUGAAGAUACACUGAUAAUUGUCAUAUACUUUUGCUUUCUUUUUGUGUCUUGUAAUUUUCAUUCUUUGGCACAAAUAUUAUAUAUCAGAUUGUUCUGGUUUAUGUUCGCAUGUUUGAAAAGUUCUUGAUACAUUUUUAGUGUCAUUAAACAUAUUAUAAAAUGUGAAGUAACUAUCUGGUCAGUUGUAUGGCAUUUUCUAUGACUCAUUGGUAGUAAGCAUUUGUCAUAUAAGCAAGUAAAAAUACAAAUUUAAUUGUUUAGGAAUAACAAUUAAAAUCAUAACGAUUGUGUGUACCCUUUGUUAAAGUUAGAAGUUCUUUGAAUUUGAAGAAUCUCAUUUUAUCUAAAUUUUAUCUUCAUUUUUGGAAGAUUCUUUCUUGGGUGUUUUUAUUUAAACUGGUUAGUUUUUUUUUAAGUUAGAGUAUUCAGAAACUAGACUGUUAGGC